AUGCCAAAGGCCUCUCUCGCUCUGACGGCUGUUCUUUUCUGCUGGCUGCAGCUAUGCAAAGCGCAGACGUUUUCGGACUAUAUCUUUGUAGCGUCGAAUAAUGGACUCGUCUACACCAUUCAUUUCUGGGAAGAUGGUGCACAGUUUAGCCUGUCCGAAGCCAGCCGACACGAUGGUUGCGGCGCAAGUCCCACCUGGCUUACGCUAAGAACAUCUGGUGGUCUGUGGUGCCUAGACGAAGGCCUUCUGUCAGCUCAAGCAAGUGCCAAUCGAUUUACCUUGUCUCUGGAUGGCAAUCUAGCACAUGCCGAGCGGAUCAACAUCUCUGCUGGCCCGGUACAGAGUGUCGAGAUCGACAAUGGACGAAGCCUCGCAAUAGCAUGCUAUGGAGGGGAGUUCCCCAUUCAAGGCGGUGUUACGACACUCGUGACAUCAGUCAAUGGCAGUAUCGAAGGUGGCAAAUUUCUUCAACUACCGCCAUUGUCCUCACCAGGGCCAAAAUCGGCACAGACAGUUGCGCGGGCGCACGGAACAACCCUCGAUCCCUCGGGGCGUUUCCUGAUUGUGCCCGAUUUAGGGGCUGACAUGGUCAGGGUAUUCUCGGUGCAGAACGGAACGGGGAGUAUCAAAUUUGAAAAUCAGGUCAAGAUGCUCGAUGGGUCUGGUCCGCGUCACGCUGUGUUCUGGCGUCAUCCCAACGCCACAUAUUCUCCGUCCCCCGCCUAUCUGUACGUCGUAUCCGAAUUCGCAAGCACUAUUACUGUCUUCAAGGCCGUGUAUACAGCUACAUCACUGGCACUUGAGUACACGGGGCAGACGCUGUCGACUCUCGGUAACUACAGUGACUCUGCGAGUCUUGCUGCCGCUGCUGAGAUUGCGAUCAGUCCAGACAAGAGGUUUCUCGUGGUGUCCAAUCGCAACGACACGUCAUUCGUGUCUCCCCCGUCGGACUCCUUGGCCGUCUUCAAGAUCUGUCCGAGUGACGGGAGUUUAGAAUUCCGGCAGCUGGCACGUGCCGGCGGCAGAUGGCCGCGACAUUUUGAUAUCAACACUGCUGGCGAUCGAGUUCUUGUUGCUCUACAGCGAGACUCGAAAAUUGUCAUCCUAUCACGAGAUAAUGACAAUGGCAACAUUGGGAGUCUCGUAGCUACCUUGGAUAUCGAGACUACAGACACUAGUGGGAAAGAUACUGGGGUGAACGCAGCAAUAUGGAUGCGAACACCGCAAGCGUAA